CUGAGAAAUCAUCCGGCCGUCCCCAGAGAUAGUAGUGACGCUCUCUCUGCUAAGAGCUCAGAUAGAGUAACGCUGUCUACACAGUGCCAGGUAUAUGGUCUCCUGCUUCCAGACACUUUCUGUACACUUGCAUUGUUCCUCUUCAGGACUAACAGCAGGCUUUGGAUGCACUAGUUUUUUUUAGUUUUUCAUGUUUUUACUGAGGAAUUUACAUAACUGCUGAAGUUUCCUUUAGGAGUUUUUCAUUACAUGGGUCUCACUAAAUGAUAGCGUGAGUGUGCAGCUGUCCAGCAGGAGUUUAGGGAAACCCUGCGGUGAGUGCCAACAACAAAUCAUGGUGUCACAUACCCUACAGGCCUCUUUUCAUGGCAGUACCACAUCCCUUCUGCUGCUGCUAUGCCUGGCAGUGCCAAUCCAUGCUGACAGCAUGCCCAGUUUUAUUAUGACUCCUGAAGAUCAAACAGGGAUCUCUGGAGGAGUGGCAUCUUUUGUUUGCCAGGCAGUCGGGGAGCCAAAACCACGCAUCACCUGGAUGAAGAAGGGCAAGAAAGUCAGCUCACAGCGCUUUGAGGUGAUAGAGUUUGAUGAUGGUUCAGGCUCAGUGCUUAGGAUCCAGCCGUUACGUACACAUCGAGAUGAGGCCAUUUACGAGUGCACGGCCACCAACAGCAUGGGAGAAAUCAACACCAGCGCUAAACUCAUUGUACUGGAAGAGGACCAGAUCCCUCAUGGUUUCCCGACCAUAGACAUGGGCCCACAGCUGAAGGUGGUGGAACGAACACGCACAGCCACAAUGCUUUGUGCUGCCAGUGGUAACCCCGACCCAGAGAUCUCCUGGUUCAAAGACUUCCUGCCUGUCGAUAUUAACAGCAGCAAUGGAAGAAUCAAGCAACUCCGCUCAGGGGCACUUCAAAUCGAGAACAGCGAGGAAUCAGACCAGGGCAAGUAUGAGUGUGUGGUGGUAAACAGCGCAGGAACGAGAUACUCGGCACCGGCUAACCUUUACGUCAGAGUCCGGCGAGUUCCGCCACGUUUCUCAAUCCCGCCCACCAACCACGAGGUGAUGCCGGGUGGCAGUGUUAACCUCACCUGUGUGGCGGUGGGUGCCCCAAUGCCCUACGUCAAGUGGAUGAGAGGAGAUGUAGAACUAACCAAGGAAGAGGAGAAGCCGAUUGGGCGAAACGUGUUGGAGCUCACCAAUAUUCACCAGUCGGCGAACUAUACUUGUGUGGCUAUUUCCUCUCUGGGCAUGAUCGACACCACAGCUCAGAUCACAGUCAAAGCUUUGCCCCGUCCUCCCACCUCUUUGAUCGUCACUGAAACCACCGCCACCAGCGUGACUCUAACUUGGGAUUCCGGUAACCCUGAACCCGUAUCAUACUAUGUUAUUCAGUACAGGGCCAAAGUCUCAGACAAUGGUUUACAGGAGGUUGACGGAGUGGCCUCCACACGCUACAGCAUUGGCGGCUUGAGCCCUUACUCGGAGUACGAAUUCUGCAUCAUGGCAGUCAAUAACAUUGGGCGCGGUCCACCCAGCAGUACGGUGGAGACACGGACCAGUGAACAGGCCCCCUCUUCUCCUCCCUUACGGGUUCAGGCACGGAUGCUGAGCGCCACUACCAUGUUGGUCCAGUGGGAACCUCCAGAGGAGCCCAACGGACAGAUACGUGGAUAUCGAGUGUACUACACAUCUGAUCUUCACUUGCUGCUCAGCACCUGGCAGAAACACAACACAGAGGAUAGUAGCCUGACCACCAUAUCCGGCCUGGUCCCAAACAUCACAUACGGUCUCCUCGUGCUGGCCUUCACUUCUGUGGGAGACGGCCCACCAUCAGACUUACUGCAGGUUAAAACACAGCAAGGAGUCCCGGCCCAACCAACUGGUUUUGAAGCAGAGGUAGAACUUGACACUCAGAUCAUGCUGUCAUGGCUGUGGCCUGUCCAAGAUCAGAUCACCACAUAUGAGCUCAUAUACUGGGAGGCCAACUCUGAAAACAAGCACCAGGUGACCUUUAACCCGGCUGGUUCUUACACUGUUGAAGCCUUAAAGCCAGACACACUCUACAAGUUUUCUCUGGCUGCUCGCUCUGAGAUGGGACUUGGGGUGUAUGCACAGCCCAUCGAGGCUCGGACGGCCCAGUCAAUGCCUGGCGCCCCUCCACGCAGAAUUGAGGUGGACAAUGUGAACUCCACGGCCUUGCGGGUGUCAUGGAAACCUCCUCUGCAGCAGAAGCAGCACGGACAUAUCCGCGGCUAUCAGGUGGUGUACUCACGGCUGGAGAAUGGAGAGCCACGCGGGCAGCCCAGCAUCCUGGACGUGGCCCUGCCCGAGGCACAGGAGACAUUCAUCACCGGUCUGUUGCCUGAAACAACAUAUUCUGUUACAGUGGCAGCAUACACCACUAAGGGAGAUGGAGCAAGAAGCAAGGCCAAAGUGGUGACCACAACAGGGGCAGUGCCAGGCAAGCCCACCAUGAUCAUCAGCACCACGAUUGGGAACACAGCUCUGAUCCAGUGGCAGCCCCCGAUGGAGAUGGUGGGUGAGCUGAUGGGCUACAGACUGCGAUACAAGCGUGAAGUAGAGGAGACCUACACCACCCGUGACUUCAGGCGCACCGACGGCCACUUUACUGUCACUGGCCUGCACAAGGGUGCUACUUACAUCUUCAAGCUCUGCGCAAAGAAUAGAGCAGGAAAUGGGGAGGAGUAUAGCAAAGAGAUCAGCACCCCAGAUGAUGUUCCCAGCAGCUACCCCCAGAAUUUGAGAGUGGUGGGGCUCACGACCACCACCACCAAACUGGCGUGGGACCCCCCACCCCUACCAGAGAGAAACGGGAAGAUCAUACGUUACGUGGUGGUGUACCGUGACAUCAACAGCCAUCAGAACCAGACCAAUGGUACCACAGAGACACAAAUGACCAUUCACGGGCUGCAGCCGGACACCACCUAUGACAUUAGAGUGAGAGCGUUUACGGGGAAGGGAGGAGGUCCGAUUAGCCCCAGCAUCCAGAGCAGAACCAUGUCUACCUCCAUACCUGAGUUUACCAAAAACUUUGGUGUGAAAGCUGUCAUGAAGACCUCUGUCCUGCUCACGUGGGAUGUGCCAGAAACAUACAAGUCUCAAGUGCCUUUCAAGAUCCUAUAUAACCAGCAGAGUGUGGAGGUACAGGGUGAUCUGAAGAGGAAGUUGAUCACACGGCUGCAGCCAGACACGGAUUAUUCUUUCGUGUUGAUGAGUCGAGGAAACAGCGCCGGUGGAUUGCAGCAGCAGGUGUCCAUCCGCACUGCCCCAGACCUGUUUACCACCAAACCAGCCCACUACAAACAUGACCCCGAGGAGGGCGGCAAACUCACCAUCACACCACCUAAAGUGCACAACCGUGCCCUCGUCAGGUGGUUUUACAUAGUGGUGGUGCCAGUUACUUCAUCCCAUCUACGCCGUUGGGAGAGUCCAGAGGAUAUGGAUCUAGACGAGCUUUUGGAGGGUUUCGGAGACUCAGACGUGAGGAGGAGGAAGAGGCAAGCUCAGGACGUCCUGCGACCAUACAUUGCUGCCAAGUUGGAAGAUCUUCCCGAGACCUUUGUGUUAGGAGACGAGAAAACUUACAACGGCUUCUACAACAAACCUCUGCCCGGCCAGCAGCAGUAUCGCACAUUUGUACUGGCAGCACUGAAAGAUCGAGACUCAAUGUUUACGGUCAGUCCAUACUCUGAUCCGAUGAUGGUUAAGCUCCACAGCGGGAUGUCUCGUCAUGUGGAAGACCCAGAGAUGCUGUGGGUGAUGGGACCUGUGCUGGCCGUUGUUCUGAUCAUCAUCAUCGUCAUCGCCAUCCUGCUCUUCAAGAGGAAGCGCACAUCUCCCUCAGCUAAAGAUGAGCACUCAGCUGGAGUUAAAGAUCACUUACUGGCCCAUUCCUCCGACCCAGUGGAAAUGAGGAGACUUAACUAUCAGACACAAGGUACAAGUGCCUUUAGCUGCCCUAACACUACAAGAAUGCGGGAACACCCUCCAGUUUCUGAUUGUGCUUUGGCUGACCACAUCGAGCGGCUAAAAGCCAAUGAUGGCCUGCGCUUCUCACAGGAAUAUGAGUCUAUUGACCCUGGUCAGCAGUUCACCUGGGAGAACUCCAACCUAGAGGUCAACAAGCCGAAGAACCGCUAUGCAAACGUCAUCGCUUACGACCACUCUAGAGUCGUGCUGACACCUGUUGAUGGUGUACAAGGAAGUGACUACAUCAAUGCCAACUACAUUGAUGGCUACCGCAAGCAGAACGCAUACAUCGCCACUCAGGGUCCUCUGCCCGAGACACUCAGUGACUUCUGGAGGAUGGUGUGGGAGCAGAGAACUAACACCAUCGUCAUGGUGACCAGACUGGAGGAGAAAAGCAGGGUGAAGUGUGAUCAGUACUGGCCGAGUCGUGGGACGGAAACAUACGGCAUGAUUCAGGUGUCCAUGCUGGACACAGUGGAUUUAGCCACCUACAGCGUCAGAACAUUUGCCCUGUAUAAGAAUGGAUCCAGCGAGAAACGGGAAGUUCGGCAAUUCCAGUUCAUGGUCUGGCCUGAUCACGGAGUUCCCGAAUACCCCACACCGAUUUUAGCCUUUCUCCGUAGAGUCAAGGCCUGCAACCCACUUGACGCUGGACCCAUGGUGGUACACUGCAGUGCUGGUGUAGGUCGGACAGGCUGCUUUAUCGUAAUAGAGGCCAUGCUAGAGCGCAUAAAACACGAGAAGUCUGUGGAUAUCUAUGGUCAUGUGACCUGCAUGCGUGCUCAGAGGAACUAUAUGGUGCAGACUGAAGAUCAGUACAUCUUCAUCCAUGAAGCUCUGCUGGAGGCCGCCACCUGCGGGAACACAGAGGUCCCUGCACGGAGCCUGUACACGCAUAUCCAAAAACUCACACAGGUGACACCUGGAGACACAGUCACCACCAUGGAGCUGGAGUUUAAGAAACUGGCCAACUCUAAAGCACACAUGUCCAGAUUCAUCAGUGCUAGUCUACCGUGCAACAAGUUUAAGAACCGACUGGUGAACAUCAUGCCCUUUGAAUCCAGCCGUGUGUGUCUGCAGCCAAUCAGAGGCGUGGAGGGAUCCGACUAUAUUAACGGCAGCUUUAUUGAUGGAUACAGGCAGCAGAAGGCGUAUAUAGCCACACAGGGUCCUCUCGCUGAAACAACAGAAGACCUCUGGAGAAUGCUGUGGGAGCACAACUCCACCAUCAUAGUGAUGCUGACAAAGCUCAGAGAGAUGGGAAGGGAGAAGUGUCAUCAGUACUGGCCUGCCGAGAGAUCUGCUCGAUACCAGUAUUUUGUCGUGGACCCCAUGGCUGAAUACAACAUGCCGCAGUACAUCUUACGAGAGUUUAAAGUCACAGACGCCAGGGAUGGCCAGUCCAGAACGAUCCGGCAAUUCCAGUUCACUGACUGGCCGGAACAAGGUGUGCCAAAGACAGGAGAGGGCUUCAUUGAUUUUAUUGGCCAAGUCCACAAAACCAAGGAGCAAUUCGGACAGGAUGGACCAAUCACUGUUCAUUGCAGUGCUGGUGUGGGCAGAACAGGAGUGUUUAUCACUCUGAGUAUCGUGCUGGAGCGGAUGAGGUAUGAAGGAGUGGUGGACAUGUUCCAGACCGUAAAAACGCUGCGCACACAGAGACCAGCCAUGGUACAGACAGAGGACCAGUACCAGCUGUGUUAUCGAGCAGCUCUAGAGUACCUGGGCAGUUUUGAUCACUAUGCAAUGUAACCACUCCCAGAAUGCCUCAGAACGCCACCUCCGCUGAUACGCCACUUCUCUCAACCUAACUAUUCAGUCAACACUGCUGAAGGAAGACAGAUAGACAGACGGAGAGAGAUGGUCAGGGAGAUAAUUCACUGCAUAUGUGUUCUUCUCUCUGAAAACAGACUCAAACAUUUCAUUCUGGUCUCUAUAUAUGCACAGCUCCUGUCUUUGUACAUUGCUGAGUGUAUUACAUUACCACUUUUAUAUUGUAAACAAUUCAUCAUCCUCUUGGUGAUUAUCAUUGUCGUCUGCGAUUUGUCUUAUUCAGUAAUUUUGCCUUUUUUUCUUUUACGAAUAUCUAAAGAUCCUUAAAACAAGAUACAUUUAGUUGAGCAGCAAAACUGCAUAAGAUAUUUUUUUUCAGAGAAUAGAUUUUGAUUAAAACUCAAUUUUAGAUAUAUUCUCUGAAAAUGGCUUGAUAUUAUAAAUACUUAUAAUAUUAAGUUAUAAAUAAUAUGAAUAAAUACUUAAUAUUUUUCUUAAACCAUUGGCAGAUGUUUUUUUUUCUUCUUGUUUAUAAGCAGAAAUCGAACAAAAUUCAAUGGUUUGUUGGUUGAGUUAAAAAAAACAUGUCCCACAUUCAACAAAAUACAGAAGAUGCCAAACUAAAAUAAACACACAAUGAACUACAGUUGCACCAGUGGAUACGAUUUAUUUCUGCAUGUUAUGUAACAAAUUAUUAAUUAAUUUGAAUAAGACAAAUUACACACAACCUCAAAGGAUGGGUCAUUAAGUUUACUUAGAUAUGUCAUAUAUAAUAAAUCAAUAUGAUUGAAAUAAAGCACUAAAAUUGAAAUAAUUUUGCAAAAUUAUGUCAAAACGCCACUUCAAACGUCUCAGCAACUCAGCAACAGAAUUUUCCAACUGGUAAAAACAGCCUCGCUUGGCCAUUUACAUGCUUGGAACUCAUAAUUAUGACAUUUUUGACUGAGAAGGCUGCAUCAAUUCAAAAUAUAUUCAGAUAAUAAAACAAGCCAAAUUUACUUAAAGAUGUUUCUACCAGAAGACAAGACAAAAGUACUGAAUGAGAAAAUGACUUUUUGUAGUUUUGUUAUUAUUUUUAAGUUUAUUAUUGUGGCCAUUACUGUUGGUAUGUCUUUCAAAAAGUGCAAUAUUUGUAUUAUUUGCUGAAUGUCUAAGGGGUUAAUUUAUGUUUAUUUUUUCUUAUAUUGUUAUUAUUACUUUAUGAAUGUUUUCUUAUAUGUUCAAUUAUUUUUAGCACAUGUGGACAUGUAUUUUCACAUGACCCAAGUUACUAAUACUAAAAGAGGUGUAUUAAGAGCUGCUGCUGAUUUCUUACUUUUUAUCAUUAUUAUGAUAUUUUAGAUGUGAAAGGGGAAACUUUUAUAUAUAAAUAUAUAUAAACUUCUCACCUCCUGAUUCUUUACAAAACAAUAUAAACAAAUACAAAAGAUAAGCCAGUGUUAGCGACCUGAAAGGACCUGCUGCCGUUAAGGAAACUGAAUAAACCAAUGAAAUGAGAGAACACAUUCUGCUUGAAAUAGCAGUAAACUGUCAUUUUCUGGAAGCUCUCCAUUCUGAAGGCCUGAUGCCACAGAAAAGUCUUUCUUUCAAUCAGGGGUCAGCCGAGGUCAAAGGUCAACCCAUCAUACGGCCAGGCCUUGACCUGACAAACUUGCACGCACAUGUACAGCCAUCACGCACAUCCAGUUGAACCUCAGAAAUCCAUCAUCGGUUCAGACUAGCAGCUGAAAUGUUUUGGAUGAAAGUGAAGUGAAACGACUCAGCUCACCUGCUGAGACUAAAAACAAUCCUGAACUCUCCGUAUGUGGUAUUAACGGACAUCCGAUCAUUUCUCACUGUGGCUCUUGAAGACAAAUCUCCUGUAACUUUACAACUGCAGCAUUGGACUGAAAAUGUGUGCAUACUCGAGACGAGAGUAUCUUUUCUCCUAUUGCCUGAGCACAAAGUAAGAUGGGAAGAAUUCAUUACACUUUGGGUUCACAUAGAGACAAAAGCACAUUCAAUCUGUUGUACAGCCAGUCUGUUUUCUAUUUGUUAAUAAAAAAAAGGAGAGAAAUAUGUUAAUAAAAUGCUUAAUUGUGGUAUGUACAUUCUUAUUGUGGGGGUUUGCUGUAUCGCUGUAGUCUCCUUCCCUUGUCACGUUUCCUGGUGAACAGAUUGUUCCUGUGCCGUAUAUCUGCACCUUUGCCAGAAACUUUGAGUUACACAGCCAAAGCAAGCCAACACACCGACCAUUGCAGUGGAAUGUAAAGGCAUUCAUUGUCUGAACUGGAUUCUGCUUGUUUUACAUGUUCAUUUGUCUUGGAACACCUGGAAAAAUUAGUCCUGCUUUAAAUAGGUCAACAUAUUGACAGAAAAGUUUACUAAUUAUACUGAAAGCUAAUUAUUUAGCCAAUUAAGCAAAAGUUAUACCUUUUGUCUGAGGUCAGAGUUGCUGUUUCUGAUUGAACAUGGUAAUUUACACAUAAUUAGGCCCAGUUACCACUUUGGAUGCAAUAAUCAAUGUCACUGUUUACCGCUGAGGUCUUCAAAUAAUUGAAUUCCACAUUUUUAAUUGGUGGUUUGGAAACAACUGUGCUUAAAUGUCCAAACAUAAAUUUUCAGUGUGUCUUGAAUUUUUAUUUAUGCUGAAUUCAGAAACUGUGGAUUUAAGAUCUGCAUUGCAGUGCAAGGCAUUUGUUUGUUUCUUCAUGCACAAAUGAGAUACUGAAAUAUUU